UUAUUAGUUUUGUUUCAUCGUAAAGGAAUAAUAUAUGUUUGAACUGAUUAAAUAUGUCAAAAAUGGGAAAUUAUGAUGGUGUUCACGAUGAUGGACCCGGUUUUGUAGGUAUUAAAUUUUGUCAAGAAUGUAAUAAUAUGUUAUACCCUAAAGAAGAUAAGGAAAAUAAAGUUUUAAUGUAUGCAUGCAGAAAUUGUGAUUUUAAAACACUUGCUGACAGUAGUUGCAUAUAUGUAAAUAAAAUUAUGCAUGAAAUUGACGAAUUAACCCAUAUUGUGGCAGAUGUAAUAUCUGAUCCAACUUUACCAAGAACCGAAGAACAUCCAUGUCCAAAGUGUAAUCAUCGUGAAGCAGUAUUUUUCCAAGCUCAAACACGUAGAGCUGAAGAAGAAAUGAGACUUUAUUACGUUUGUACAAAUCAGCAUUGUACACAUAGAUGGACAGAAUAAAACAUUAUAUAUAA